AUGGGUCUGUUAUCAAUUAUUAAGAAACAAAAGGCUAAAGAUAAAGAGCUAAGGUCUCUUGUGCUUAGGCCUAGACAAUUCUGGUAAAACAACUUUGGUUUAUAAGCUGCUCCACCCAGACAGCACACAGUUACCUCCCAUAACACCUACUGUGGGAUUCCAAAUACAUACUCUACCAAUGGGGCCUUACAAUCUCCAACUAUGGGAUAUUGGCGGCCAAUCGACACUGCGUCCCUUCUGGGAGAAUUACUUUGACUCUACUGAUCUCUUGCUUUGGUGUAUUGACGGUUUUGCGACGGACCGACUUCCCGAAUCUCACCGAGAGUUGUGUACAAUCCUAGCUGAAAGGGACAGAUUAGGACUCCAAUGCGCGGUCAUCGUACUAAUAAAUAAGACUGAUCUACUAGAGGAUUCUACAAAAAUAGCAACGGUAUGCGGCCAAGUAAAUCAAACGUUAUUUGAUCAACUUUCGCCAGCGAUAGCUUCACGAGUGACUCUUCUGCCGUGUUCCGCGAUCACAGGUGCAAACCUAGACACCCUCCCGUUGGUAAUACAGCGUAUAUAUAGUGAAAAAGCUGGUGAAGCGAAGAACUCAUCUCAGCCGGCGAUACAAAAAUAA